AUGGCUCACUGCCUCACCAGGCAGCAUUACUCCCGCCUCCUCGCGUUGUUCCCCGCCUCACUGGGUAAUCUCCUACUGCUCAGAACAGGACACAACAGAGGAAAAGCUGCUCCAUUUUCCUUGUUGAAACUUAUUGGCUCAGGGACAUUUUUGCAUGACUUAUCCGAGCUACCUGAGCUGGACGAUCUCUUCUCCCCAAAAGGUGUGAUUCUAGAUGCUCAAAGGCGAGCAGCUCAGCUGUUUGGGUCAUCUAAAAAUUGGUUCCUUGUCAAUGGAACUACCUGCGGAAUCCAGGCCUCAGUGAUGGCUACCUGUUCUCCUGGUGACUACCUCCUUGUGCCGCGAAACUGCCACAUUGCAGUGAUCUCUGCGCUGGUCUUAUCUGGUGUGGUGCCUAAGUACAUAAUACCGGAAUAUAAUUCUGGGUGGGACAUUGCUGGUGGUAUCACCCCGUUGCAGUUGGAUGAAGCAGUAAACGAGUUGGAGGAAGAUGAAAAGAGGGUAGGCGCUGUUCUUGUUACCUCGCCAACCUACCAUGGUGUAUGCAGUAAUGUGCAAGGUAUUGUCGAUGUUUGUCAUCCACGUGGCAUUCCGGUUAUAGUUGACGAGGCGCAUGGCGCACAUUUCAGGUUCCAUGACAGUUUGCCGAGCACUGCAAUUGAGCAAGGUGCUGACCUAGCUGUGCAAUCCACGCACAAGGUCCUGUGCUCCCUUACACAGUCCUCAAUGCUUCACAUGGCUGGAGAUCUUGUGGAUGUAGAUAAAGUAAGCCAGUGCCUUCAGCUCCUCCAGAGCUCGAGCCCGAGUUACCUCCUACUGUCAUCUUUAGAUGCUGCAAGAGAUCAGCUGAGCAAGAACGGAAAUAUAUUUGAUGAGCCAUUAGCUAUAGCAUCAGAAACAAAAGACCAGCUGAUGAUAAUCCCAGGGAUAUCUGUUCUGGACUUGCCAUGCUUUGCCUCUGAAUUGAUCCAUUGCGUAUCACACUCAGCGCUUCAAAUAUGCAAUUAUUGGGAUAUGAAGCUUAUGACAUUUUAUAUGAAGGUCAUCAAAUUGUUUCUGAGCUUGUUGGCACACGGGCAGUGA